AUGCUCCUUCACCAGCUCCCAGCGCUCUCCAGACGCCGACUCCUAAAGAGCCGGCCGACCCUUCCCGCCGCGCGCGCGCCCAACGGCGCGCGUGCGCUGACAGCACGCCCCGCCCCGCCGCGCAGGCGCCGUGGCCACUUCCGGGAUCUGUCAGCCGCUCCCUCUGGGCCUCGGUCCUCCGCCCGCGCCCGCCGGAGCCUGUUCGCGUCGACUGACCAGAGUCCGCGAAUUCAACGCUCCGAGCCCGUCCGGACGGCCCCGAUCCCAGAUUUGUGGCCCAGAGAAGUGUCAGAUUUAUUUAUGUUUCUGGCCCCAACCCGGAAUUGCUCCACUGCUGGGAAUAUGCUUUCUAUCCUUUGA